ACAGAGACUCAGGAGGGCGCGAGGAAGUGUCUGAGCUGAGGCUGGGGCAGGGCAGGAGGGGGUGGAGGGAAGCCUGCAGGAGGGAGGCAUCCUUCAGGGUCCAGAGGAGCCAGAGGCAGCUCCUCCCGCUGCUAGGAAGGGCUCUGGACACCUCCAGCCCUUCCCGCCUGCCCUCCGAGGCUCCAGCCAGCAGCUGAGGGCACUGGCUGAGUUGGCGCAACACAGCCACGGAGCUGGUACCCCCGGGACCCCCUGCCCGACUUCGCUCCCCAGCAUGGAGGAAGGUGGCGAUUUCGACAACUACUACGGGGUAGACAACCAGUCUGAGUGUGAGUACGCCGACUGGAAGUCCUCGGGGGCCCUCAUCCCUGCCAUCUACAUGCUGGUCUUCCUGCUGGGCACCACGGGCAACGGCCUGGUGCUCUGGACUGUGUUUCGGAGCAGCCGCGAGAAGAGGCGCUCGGCUGACAUCUUCAUCGCCAGCCUGGCGGUGGCCGACCUGACUUUCGUGGUGACCCUGCCGCUGUGGGCCACCUACACGUACCGAGACUACGACUGGCCCUUCGGCGCCUUCGCCUGCAAGCUCAGCAGCUAUCUCAUCUUCGUCAACAUGUACGCCAGCGUCUUCUGCCUCACCGGCCUCAGCUUCGACCGCUACCUGGCCAUCGUGAGGCCAGUGGCCAACGCUCGGCUGAGGCUGCGGGUCAGCGGGGCCGCGGCCACGGCCGUCCUGUGGGCGCUGGCCGCCCUCCUGGCCGUGCCGGUCAUGGUGUUCCGCUCCACUGGCGCCAUCCUCCACGUGGAGAACAGCACCAGGGUGCAGUGCUACAUGGAUUACUCCAUGGUGGCCACCCCGAGCUCCGAGUGGGCCUGGGAGGUGGGCCUGGGCGUCUCGUCCACCGCCGUGGGCUUCGUGGUGCCCUUCACCAUCAUGCUGACCUGCUAUUUCUUCAUCGCCCAGACCAUCGCCGGCCACUUCCGCAAGGAGCGCAUCGAGGGCCUGCGGAAGCGGCGCCGGCUCCUGAGCAUCAUCGUGGUGCUGGUGGUGACCUUCGCCCUGUGCUGGAUGCCCUACCACCUGGUGAAGACGCUCUACAUGCUGGGCAGCCUGCUGCACUGGCCCUGUGACUUCGACAUCUUCCUCCUGAACGUCUUCCCCUACUGCACCUGCAUCAGCUACGUCAACAGCUGCCUCAACCCCUUCCUCUACGCCUUCUUCGACCUGCGCUUCCGCCAGGCCUGCGCCUCCGUGCUCUGCUGGGGACAGAGCAGGUGCGGGGGAGCCUCCCACAGCAGCAGCGGGGAGAAGUCGGCCAGCUACUCCUCCGGGCACAGCCAGGGGCCCGGCCCCGGCAGCGGGAAGGGCGGAGAGCCGACGCAGGAGAAAUCCAUCCCUUACAGCCAAGAGACCCUCGUGGUUGACUAGGGCUGGGAUCCCGAGCGCCUGGUGCCCUCUGCCCGGCCCCAGCCUUUGCCCUUGCUCUCUGAAGGUCAGGUAGCCGGGGGCACCUUCUCUCUUGCACUUGACUCCUUUCCCUGCUCCCUGCCUCCUGCCUGUGUCUUGUCCCCCUUUUCCCUUUGCUCUGGUUCAGAGGUUUGUGGUUUAGUGGAGAGAGAUUGAGCCCUGCAGACCCGGGCUCGGCCACUCAGUCUCUGUGAGACUGACCUUGCCCCAGUCUCUUAAACUCUCUGAGACUCAGUUUCUCUAUGUGUAGAAAAUGGAGAAACUAAAAUGAUGUGUGUCCUGGCUCAGUAAAAGUCCAUUUCCCCCCAGCAUUUUUCUUGGAUCUCCAGCUUUUUUCUCGCCCCCAUUUCCUUUUAGGUUUCUCGCCCCUCUUCCUCCCUCUGUUUCCCCCUUUCUCUCUGCAGUUUUUACUCAGAAUCCUUACCUCCUGUCUCCCAACCCCUCUCGCAUAGCUCGUCUGCCUCGUUCAGUCCCUCCUUUCCAUUUUUACUUCUUUGUUCUGAAGGGCUCCUAAGGGUUAAGAAUCCUGAAGCUUGCAAACACUGCCCCUGUUCAAGCUCUUUGUCCUGUUCCCUGAGUGCCCCGGGGAGGGAAUGGGGGAAUGGGAAUGGGCCGGGCAGGAGGCGGGCUGGGUAUCAGCAAAAUUACUGCUCCCGUCCCUGUAGCUGGGGGCUCCAGAGCCUCCCUCCGAACUGGAGCGGUUUGCUGUCAUUUCAGGCACUGGAGGUAGAGCCAUCCAUGAAGGGGGCCUCCUUUCCUGCAGCCCCUCCAUGAUGCCAACUAGAUAUGCUUUCUACAGAUUUCCUUAGACCCUUUUUUGCAUCCUCUAUUUUCUGUGGGGACUGGAACGUAAUGGGGUUGAUGAAGCAGCAGGCUCCUUGGUUUCAUGAUAUGAAUGGGGAGCUGGGAAGGGAAAAUGGAGAAAGAGGGGGAGUCUGCAUUUAGUCUAACUGCUGCUUGGGUUCCCUCCCCAAAUCCUCAUCCCUCCAGCCUCCUCCAGAACCGUGAGCUGCAGGCCUCUCCCUGUCUCUCCACCCCAUCCCGACAUCUCCAGGAUGUUUUUCUUGGGCACUGGUGUGAAUGGGUGCCAAGGGUCACUUUGGUGGGGGUGGGGCGCUUGCUUUGUGUGUGUACAUAUGUGUAAACAAGGAUGAGCAUCACAUGAAUAGCGGUGUGCCUGUGUCACUUGUCACUUGGAUGAACUCACCCCCCCUACUCUCCAGGUCUCUGCUCUUCACCCAAUAUCCUUGAGGGAAGAAGGGACAGGCUGAGGCAAUUUAGAAUAAAAAUGAGUCCACCCCCACUGGAUUUGGGGGCUCCGACGGCUGGUCCGCGCUUUAAGAGAGAAGUCUGUGUUUGUGCCCAGGCUCCCUAUAGGGAGAUCCCCUCCCAAAGCAGCUGGCGCCCAAAGCUUGGCGAAGUCUUGUGCUCUGGGUCCCUGUGCCGCUGUCCCUGGUUCUAUGAGGGAAAUGGGAGCUUCCCUUGACCCCUUUCCCAAGCCUGCCAACGUUGCUUUGAAUUUUUAAGCAUCUCCUUCAUCACUCUUUAUUUUUCCAGGGUCAGUAGCCCUCUUCCUAAAGGGGGACACCUGCUUACCAUGUGGUGGAAAGCACCGGGUGGGUUUCUUUCUCACCUCCCGUCAGGAUCAGACUGCUUGGCUUCUUGGGGGGCUGGGAACGGGGACUGGAGCCGUCACUGCAAGACUGGUGGCAUGACAGUCACACCGCCAGAGAGGCUUUGAGGAUGAAGAUGCUUGUGGGGCCUUUGUGCACUGAGGGCAGGGUGUGUGUAUUCCGGGUUUUGUUCUUGGAGGACUCUGGACGUGAAGGACAAGACAUGAGCCAUGGAGGCAGGAAGAGCCCAGCUUGAUGUCCGUGGACAUCUUGACCUUGGAUGGGAUGGAGCCAGCUCUGGGAGCACAGGGAGGGGAAGAAGGGAAGGGACUUAUCUCAGCUUAUUCUUCCCAUCUCAGGCCAGAAUCUUUCCACAGACUCACUUUCUCAGUCCAGGGCUGUCCCCAAAGCAUCCAGUCAAGGCUGGAGGAAGCUCCCAGAAGGGAAGAGGGUGCCCCCUGAGGCCCCAUCGGUGAUCCUGGACAGAUGGUGGAGGAGGCUGCCGGCUGCCCCACUUGCCCCUUCUUUGGAAUGUCUAUGCUAUUUUUUGACCCUGUUAGUCACUGCGGUUCAUCAAAUAAAUCUUUUUGUGUGUGUGUGUAA